UUCUCUUAUCACCCAUACGAAAGAAAAAUGUCCGGUGAUAGGUAUGAAGAGCAUCAGAUAGAACAUAUGGACAUGCGAGCGAAUUGGUAUCGAAAAUAUUUUCUCGGAAGGGAUCACCCGACGUUCAUAGGAACAAUCGAACCAUAUGGUCCAAUGGUAAUUUCAAUAAUAUUAGACACCAUAACGAUCAAGUCCAACCGGGAGGGUAUCUCUUGGUAUAGAUACAUCGUGCGAACGAAAGAGUUACCCGAUGAUAAAGGUGUAUUGGCUGGCUCAUCGGUGUCUCCGUUCGGGGAACCUAUAUGGGAUGAUCUACUGAGAAUGAUUAACAAAGAUUUUGCCGGUGGGAAAUUGACGAAAUUCAUAACAACACCGGAAUUAAGCGAGGAGCUUUUAAGCUUGGAUGAAUCACGAUUCCAAAAAUCCUACAAAAUUGGCGUCUUGUAUUGUGCUCCGUCGCAAAAAACCGAGGAUGAAUGGUUUUCUAACACCAAGGUAUCACUCGAAUACGACAAUUUCUUGGGGAUUCUGGGGGAUAAAAUUCGGUUGCAAGGAUGGCAAGGGUUUAAAGGCGGGCUAGACACGAAGACGGGCGAAACGGGUGAAUACUCGAUUUACGACAGCGGAACUUGGAAUGAUUUCGAGAUAAUGUAUCACGUGAGCACAAUGUUGCCCUGUGGAAAAGAUAAGCAUCAAAUCACCAGGAAAAAACACAUCGGAAAUGACAUUGUGUGCAUAGUAUUUCAAGACGCUCCGGAACCAUUCUCUCCGCUAUCUAUACGUUCGCAAUUCUUGCACGUGUACCUGGUGGUUAGUCCUGUGAAAACAAUCGAUGGAAGUAAUGCGUAUAGUGUGGACAUUGUCUACAAAGAUGGGGUUCCGCAUUUCGGUCCGAUACCACCUAAUCCUCCAAUCUUUUACGACACGAUCUCAUUAAAAAAAUUUUUGGUGGCGGCAGUGAUAAAUGGUCAUAAUGCAGCGUGGAAAACUCCCAAGCUAUUCGAACCAUUCAUCCGGGCUCGCAGCGGAAGGAUCCACGAUUUUGCCAAAAGAUAUGCCCCCAUAGUACUCAACCCAUUGAUACCGCCGCAAUCCCCCAAGAAGAUACCUCAAGAUGAACUCGACAAUGCAUUGAAGCGUUUAUUCGUUGAGGAAUUAAAAUUCGGUGGGUCACCUCCAGAUAUAAUGCAAACCAAGUCACUGCUCGACAAAGGGGCAAAUCCCAACACAAAAAUCCCCAAGCCAAAACGAUUACGCGAUCAGAUUUCAAACGAGCUUGACGCGCACAAGUUACCAAACAUCCUAUUCGCCAUCAUUUUAUUGUGCGACGAUCCGGUGUACGCGAAGUUACUGAUUAAUUAUGGAUGUGAGACGAUGCCGAGAGACAAGUAUUUUCCGAACGCUUUCGUGUUUGCCGCCAGGCAUAAACGUGUUGAAAUAAUGAGAUGCUUGUUAGAAAAUGUGCCCGCAUUAAGUGAUCCCAAAAGUGUGGAUGCUGCAAUAAACGAACAGGCGAUUGACGGGGAUGGUGUGACGCAGUGCGGUGCUCAUUUAAGAGAAAAAUCCUACGGCACCAAGAUAUGGUACGGAAUAGCUGGUCUAACCG